GUAAAUAAGUAAAUAUAUGUGCCUGGGGCCGCGGUAUAUUGCCGUACGCUUUGUAUAGGACGGUAUGGAUAUAGGGACGCGGGUGGUUAUCGCGGCUGGAGGUAUACAGGAAGUUGAUGUGGCUGGAGUGUAACCAAUAACUCUACACCGAUCGCCAUGAGACCGAGCACAGCCACCCCCCCCUCGAAGAGGAAGUCGCGGCCCCCACAGAGGAGGUCGCCCCCGGAACCUGUCGCACCCCCCACAACUUCCAGAAGAGGACGGAGAGCUGAAGAGGAGCGAGAGACUGCCCAAAGGAGGCGAUUCCGGCCGGGAACGCGAGCGCUCAUGGAGAUUCGCAAGUAUCAGAAAUCUACCGAGCUUCUCAUCCGGAAGGCGCCGUUCCAAAGACUGGUUAGGGAGGUUUGCAUGACGUACACCCGCGGCGUGGCAUUUAAUUGGCAGUCGAUGGCGAUCAUGGCUCUACAAGAGGCCGCCGAAGCCUUCCUCGUGCGCCUCCUCGAAGACUCCUAUCUCUGCAGUAUCCACGCCAAGCGGGUCACGCUCUUCGUUCAGGACAUCCAGCUGGCCAGGAGAAUACGGGGGAUCACUGAAGGACUGGGUUGACGCUCGUUAUUGGUUCUCGCCCCUCAACUUCCCAGAACAGAGUGUUUUUAUUUUUCUAAAUUUACCAGAAUUGCUGGAAUUACAAUGAAUUUGUUGUCCUCCCCCUUACCCUACUAUAAGGGGAAGUCGGUGUAGUUUUGCAGUCUGUGACUGUCUUAUGUGGAGCGAGCAAAGCUUACGCUCUUCUGUGGGGUCUUCGCCUCGUAGGAAGUGUUCCCUUUCAACAAGUUCUUGAGACUUUUAUAAAAGCGCAAACCCUAUAGUUCUGAAAAUCCCUUUUAACGUCUUUUGUAUAUUUUAACAAUUCCCCUUUUAAACCCGGAAAUUGAUUGUGUAGCUUGAGGCUUACAGAUUCUAAAAAUGACAUCACUGACCCUUUUAGGCAAGGCAGCAUUAAUAGCUAUGAAUUUACAG